GUUGUGGAACUCAUUUCAAGUGCCAUUGGUGACUUAGUUCAAGGUAUAUAUUAUGAAAACUCAAAAGCAUCUGAGAACUGUCUUACAGAUGAUAUCGGCAUAUCUACGUGGAAGGAGCAGGUUUUCCUGUCGCAUAGUGCCUUGCUGGCAAAGAGCUGCCAGGCUGCAAUGGAGCUAGCAAAGCACAGUGCUGAGAUUCAGGACAUGGCAUUUCAGUAUGGAAAGCACAUGUCUAUGAGUCAUAAGCUACAUUCGGACCUUCAGCCAUUUGUUAAAGAAAGUUCUAGUGACACCACGGCCUUCAGUUUGAAUUCUGCUCCUGCAGUCCUACAUCAGGAAUUCCUUGGAAGGGAGGCAUGGAUUAAGCAGAUCAGAGAGGCACAAGGAAAAGGAAAUAUAACGGACUAUAAGAAGCUGCAGGAAGCCAUCAAGGCGGGCAAAGGUGUGACUUCUGCCAUCGACCUCUGCCGCUGCCACGGAAACAGAGCGCUGGCAGCCCUGGAGCACUUCCCUCCCUCUGAGGCCAGGGCCGCCUUGGCCAACAUCGUCUACGCCGUGACCAGGUUUCCCUGA